AUGCCAUAUUCGGUUCAAGUCGAGGUUCCCACUGAAUGUACUGGAAAUCUUAUUCUAAAUGUAAACUCACACCAAACACCCAAUAGUGCAGGGACAAUGGCUCAGGAAGUCACAAAGGAAACCAGCUCUGAUUCUGAAGACUGGCUCACCACUGUUACUCGGUGGAAAAGAAGAGGCGAUGUUGGACUGUGGUUAUGGGGUCCUUUGGCACCAGCUCAUGAUGCUACAUCUGCCAGGAAGUUUCUGACUGUUUUACAGACCGGUUUUGGUCUUAUCUUUUUCAAAAAUGCGUUCAAGUUAUGGCGGCUCAAAUCUGUUAGAGGCCCAAAACGUGUGGUCCCAAUGCUGAUCAAUAUUGCUGCUGGUGGAAUACUGUGCUACAACUCCUUCUAUGAAUACAGCUAUUCAUUGAGACGCCAACUUGCUCACAGUUACAUCGAAGCUUCCAUAGCGAGACGCCUCGCUGAGGAGGAAGGUACUUUUGUGCCUUACUGGACGGGGCCUACGGAUUUCAUGCCUUCUCCAUUAUCAGAAAGCUUCAAGAGGGAUGCAGCGAUGAUGGUUGCAGCUUGGGAAUCACAGGAGUACUGGAGAAAACAGAGCAGGCAUAGCAAGACUUUUGAGCAUUGGGCAAUUGCUCAGGGCCUCAGUCCAAAUCCUUGGAAACAACUUCUGGAAUCGAAAGAAGAUACUGAGACUGGAGUAGAGGAGCUGCUCAAUCAGGGCAGCGAAGUUGGAAGAAGUGCUGGUUCUGUUCUGAACGAAUUUUUAGAAGGGGCUCGACUUCACGUCAGUGAUGGCACGCUGGAUACGGAUUCUCAGCUUGAGACGGCCUGGGAUGCGGUGGAUUUGGUACAAAACGUGAGGUUUGGGCAGUUCAUCAGGCAGAGAGAGAUGGCCAUAUUUUACCCAGUCACUGUGAUUGUGGAAGAAUGA